AUGGACCAAGUAACGGAGGGCACAAUAAUCCGAGAUGCAAGGCAGGUAAUUAUCCGCCCAGUCACCGUGACAACAUCCGCUGGGACAGUCAUCACUCGUAUCGAAUCCAUCUUGGAAGCCAUUCUGGAUUGCCUGGCCCAAGGAAAGGAGCUCAGCAUCGACUUUGUAACUAACAGAUCGGGACAUAAUCCGCAAACGGUCCAUUUCCCAGGAAGGACUGCUCUGGAAGCCACCAAGUUUGCCCGGAUACUUCUCAUCUUGCAGCUCGCCCAUGACGCUCUAGUAUCAGGGACAGUAUCAACCAAGCGCCACAUCUUCUAUCAGCAUCAAGGGCUUUUCGUGAGGCAGAGAACGGUGGACGAGCUGGUGGAUAACCUUGCUUCUGCACUCAACGUCCAACGUGAUGACUUGAACAUUGUUGCAUCUUCCAAGGGAGUCUUCUUGGGACCCCUCAGUAUUUGCCUCCAGGACAACACAGUGAUUGGUCCAGCUGUUGGGGAUGCGGUUCGUAUAUUCACUCGCAACUAUUAUUUAUCACUUUUUUUCUUACAACCGGGUCCAUUGCAGCCAUUAGCUGCGAAACCAUCAGAUGGAUCCUGUAUUUCGUUCUUUAGCGUCUUGUUUGUAUUGGCAAACGUCUUGCGUUGGUCCAGGACUACUCAUAACGGUUACCCGGACAUGCUUACGUGCUCGUUUAUACAACUGAUUCGCUUCAAUUGCCCGCAAAUACCGAUCUUCGUCUUGGCCGAUUACGACCCUGAUGGACUCAACAUUCUUCGCCACUACCGCCUCAAGUCGGAGUUUGUGUCCCAAGAAUUUACAGCUCCAGCGAUACGCUGGCUAGGGAUCAAAUCGCAGGAUCUCCUAGAGCGCAAGAGCCGUCUUGAUAUGUUGAUACUACCAUCCCCAGACAACUUGCAACCACCAGAUAGCCAGUCGUCCGAGGAAAGUACCGGCUCCAAAGCCUCCAUCUCGUCCACCGAAUGCCGUGAGCCAAUCUCAGCCCUUUCAACACGAGAUCGAAAGGUCGCCGUUAGAAUUCUAGAAAAGGUUGUAGGCUCUAGAGAUGACCUCGAAGCCAUCGAACUUAGGCGAGAGCUCCAGGUUUUGUUGAUGAUGGGUAUCAAGGCUGAGAUACAAUGGCUUGAUGAAGCAGGCACUUUGGCGGGAUGGCUCGAUAUUAAGCUUGGGCAGAUGCUUCUGGGGGCUUAA